UCGACCUCGGGCGUUCAGCGACCGGGGCUCACCUCUUCCGCCUUAAGAUUUUAACUUAGGAAUAAAGGAGUAACUAGGUCUAGAGAGCAUCUUCAGUGACUUAACCCGCGAGUGUACAUGCGCGAAUUAAAGAAAAGAAGGAGACAAAAUUCGCCUCGACGAGUGUGCCCAUCAGUGACUCCUUGAUCCAAUUUUUUAGGAUUUUUAUCCGGAUUUUCCGAGGAUCUGGAAAAUCUUUUACCGCGAUCGCCUUCGAGAGGAAGUUAAGCAGAAGCGGGAAAAUGAGAGGAAAUUGGGAUACGCCGCAGCAGACCAUUGCUGAAGAGCAACAUCCCCCCCAUUCGCCAAGCACACCCGUCUGGGGUAUCGUGGAUAGAAUCGUGAAAGAGGAGCCAGUGGAGGACAAGAACGACGACUCGGGGGUCUCCCCCGGGCAUUACACGAGCAAUUCGGCAUCGCCCAGAAGCAGGCGUUCAUCUUCGACGGCGAAUUGCAGUCUCUCCCCAGGAAGUGCGACCUCCCAGGACUCAAAUGCCAUGCAGUGUGGGACAUUCCAGUACAGUCCUCAGCGGCUCUUCAAGUCUUGCUCGCCAUUAGACUUUGCUCGUGCCAUCCACAACAUGGACGAGGUUGGCCACGAGUCGGCGAUGGAUAUGGUCUCCAGCUCCAUGAAGAGCUCCACAGGAGAAACGGAGAUCCCUCAGGAUACUCUUCGGUGCCCCGUCUGCGCGUACACCACCUUGAACAGGGUGGAGUUCACGGAGCACCUGGCGGCGCACUGCACGCCGAAGAGGGAGACCCCGGACUUCGCAAAAUCCGUUCGCACCCUGGACGACAACAGCAGGUCUUCGCCGAUUCAGUGCGACAGAUCCGAGCACGAAUCCGAGGAAGCCGACGAGCCUGGAGUUCGCGUCCCCAGGGUGAACUCUCAGGGGAAGGUGAAGACGUUCAAGUGCAAGCAGUGCAGCUUCUCGGCGAUCACGAAGCUCGAGUUCUGGGAGCACAGCAGGUGCCACAUUAAGGCCGAGAAGUUGCUCACCUGCCCCAAGUGCCCCUUCGUAACCGAGUACAAGCACCACAUGGAGUACCACUUGCGCAACCACUACGGCUCCAAGCCGUUCAAGUGCGACAAGUGCUCGUACUCGUGCGUCAACAAGUCGAUGCUGAACAGUCACCUGAAGUCACACUCGAACGUGUAUCAGUACAGGUGCGCCAACUGUUCGUACGCGACGAAAUACUGCCACUCGUUGAAGCUUCAUCUCAGGAAGUAUUCCCACAAGCCGGCGAUGGUACUGAACGCGGACGGUUCGCCGAACCCCUUGCCAAUAAUCGAUGUUUAUGGGACCAGGCGAGGCCCAAAGCCAAAACCCAUGAACAAGAACGGAGAAGUUGGGACCACCAACACUGGAUUGCAGUCGCCGGUUCAUAUGACCCAGGCUACUAAUCAAGGAUGUCCUACGGCUAACCAGGUGCUAACACCCCAUCAGCUCUCUCCGAUGGGGUACCACCUGAGCGUGAUGAACCCCAUGCAGCACCUGAACGGGAUUCAGAGCCCUAGCAACGUGAUCGGGUUCCCUUGUAACCAGAUUUUCGGGGGUUUCGCGUUCGCCAACCAUUUCGGUCUCCCCGACGACUCGAACGAGGCUCAGCUGGACCAGCUGAAGACGAACGUCUUCGUGGAGUACGUGAAGACCCUGGCGGAGAAGAGGAUCCCUCAGGAGGUUCCUCAGGAUACCCAGCAGCAGCUCUCGCCAGGGGCGUAUAACAUCAACGGGCUGAACGACGGCAUCAAAAUGGCGAAUACUACCGAGAUGAUGCCAUCCAAAGUGGUGACCGGCAAUGCCUCCUCGACGACGCUGGAGUCGGAGUCUUCUACGGGGUCAAAGGUUACCCCUCUUGAUCUGAGCAAGCCGGAGACGCCGAUUACUCAAUCCACGACGAAUUCUCCCAGAGCUACCGGGACCAGAAGGCGCAAAGGCAGGGCUUUCAAGCUGGACCAUCGCGUCCUUGAGCUCGACACAGAUGAGGAGGACGAGUCGGAAAACACCUUCGAACCUCCCCUCGAUUCUCCAGGGCCCAAGGACCUCGCUGAAAGACCAGCUGUAGAUCCCGAGCAAAGUAACGAGUUCACCUGCCAGUACUGCGAGAUCUCCUUCGGCAACGUCGUCAUGUACACGGUUCACAUGGGUUAUCAUGGAUACAAGAACCCCUACACCUGCAACAUGUGUGGCCACGAGUGCACCGAUAAGGUGUCCUUCUUCUUGCACAUCGCUCGGUCGAAGCACUCGUAGAUGGAUUGGCGAUGCUGGAAAAUAAUAGACGGGAGUUUAGAUUAUUCAUUAUAUUUCAUUUCCCACGUUGGCAGGGUCGCAAUGUUAAUAAUCGUACGAAGUCGGUGACGUGUAGUAAUCAGGCGUUGUUAAUAUUGCGAGGCUCUUGACGAGGCCGCUCGAAUUAAGACUCAAACUCGUCGGAGUUGCAGCCGAAACAAAAUGGCGGACGCUCUCGGCACAAGCGAAGACGCGUUUCGGGCGAUUUUAUCGGCAAGCGCAAACAGGGUAUAUCCGCAUUUUUGUAGGUUCCUUUAUUACUUUUUUUUUUCUCUAUUAUUUCAUUUUCGAGGUUUCGCCUCCCUUUUCUUUUCCGUUUUCCGACCGAAUUGCUCGACGAGAGUCUUGCGAUUCGGAGAGGCGUGUCCGUCGAGCGGCGUCUUUGAAUCUGGGGAAACAUCGGCUGAGAUUUUGUAUCUACGUGUAUAUCGAUUUGUAAAAUGUUAAUUUAGUCCGAGGGGCAUGCAGCGAAGGUCGAAGGUCGUUCAUCGGGACUCCUGGUUUAUCAAUCUCAGGUCUUUUAUUUCCUUUUAAGGAUCCCCCGCGGUUACCGGUCACUUCACGGUGUUUUGAGCAUAAAAUAAUUACGCAACAGCCACGGGAUUAUUUAUGACGGAUUUACAGUGAAACUACUUUUUCUUUUUUAACACUUUACGUUUUCAUUUCUCUCUUUUUUUUUCUUUUUAACAUUUUAUUCAGUUUUCGAAAACGGACACAGUGAAGUGACCCAGAGAUGACGAGGGUGAUUUUUUUUUUUCUAUCUAGCUUCGAUUCGAGGCGAAUUUUCAACGAGGUUUAGAGAUCACGACCUCGACCUUUGACAUCGCUGUCCCCAAAUUCGGAGCAAAUUUAAGGGCUCGCGAAAUUAAGUCAGUCGCCAUCUUCCUUUUGUAAGAUAUAUACAUACACAUAUAUAUGAAUAUAUAACUCGCGUCUUAGGUACGUAGGACUAAAUAGGAGAAAGCAGAGAGAAUCAGAUUAGAACGAGGAAGGGAACAAGAUUUUCUUUACUGCGGUUAUUUCCCCCACCCUUUUUAGACGUUCUUCUUUUUUUUCAUUUUUUUCCCCUUCUUAAUAUGAAAUCUCUGCGUUCUAGUCAUUACACCGGGCGGACACUAUGAGUGUCGAAUAUAGCUCAGGGUGCAAUUUAAGAAUAAUAUUGAUCACCGCCGAAUAUGUACGCGCUCGAAAUCGCAGGAACGUCGGACCUGCUUUUUCGAAAUCCAGAAAUUCGGGAAAACGAUCGUCGAGCCGUGCCUCCCGAUGUGCCGCGUUUUACGAAAUUUUACGUCCUCGUUUAACAGGCUUUUACGACCGAGACAAUCGUGUCGAGGAGGUGGCGAGACGUCGCGUUUUCUUUUUUUUUUCGACCAUUAACCUAGGGUGUACAUAAUUUGUAUACAUAUAUAUAUAGGCAUAUAUAUAUAAACGCGUCUAUAGAUAUAUUUUUCCAAAGGCAGAAAUUUAUUCUAGUGAGCCAAAUACGGAGCCAAAAGAGGGUCGAUGAGCACGACCGAAGACUGGUUAGCAGAAGUCUGCAUACGUUUUACAUGUUUUCCUAUUUUCUUUAUCUUUUCAUACUCGCAAAGGAAUUUCCCUCGAGCAGUCAAAAAGUUCCCUUUUUUGUUGAUGAUUUAAUUGCGCGGUAUAGCGACAUUGACUCCUCUUUUCUUUUAUUUUUUUUUUCUUUUUAAGUACCGUUCCCUUGACUGACAAAGUCUUGAUUUUCAACUGACCAUUUUCUUUCUUUCACGGUUUUGAGCACUUUUCGCGCGAUUUUGGUAACUGGUUCUUAUUUCGGGAUUUUCACACGAGACGAAGCUGUGGGCUCGACGAUUAAGUCGAAGGAUGACAAUGGAUAGACAGGGAUUUUUUGUCGGAAGGUUUGAUAAGCGAUUCUCCGAGGACUCUCGUCGCGUUAGAGUAUUGCGAUUAGUGUAUAUCGAUACGAACUUCGUCUAAGAUCGGACAUUCCUCGGUUAUGCGUAACCUAAAGAAUAAAUAAGUUAUUUAUCUAUGGGGAGUGGCCUUUCGUAUCUUAAGAUUUCCCACCCUAGAUAGAAGGAUCGACGAGUGAUUCCAACCACCUUCCGA